UACAGGACUAUGAAUUCUCUCUGUGUAUGUAAAAUUCUGUGCACGUGAAAAGGUCUUCGAAUCUUUGGUAAUGUUUAUAAGUUUAGCGUUGAGCGUGGUAGAUAAAAGCAAGUAAAUCAAACCAUUAUUGAAUACGUGAAUAUUUGAGUAUUAGGUUGAAAUAUAAGAUUCAUUUUACUGUUGUUUAAAAUACAUGUUAAACUAAAUAAAUCGCCAUGAGUACGAAUGAAGAAGGAUUACCCGAAGAAGUUACAAAACAGUCAAUACGUAGAAAGGUGUGGAAUCAUUUGGAAAAAGAAAAUUUAGCAUUUUUCCCCAGACCGGUCCAUGGAAGGAUUCCAAAUUUCAAGGGAUCUGCGGAUGCAGCAAGAAAUAUGGAAAAACUUGAUUUUUUUCAAUCUGCGGCUAGUGUUAAAGUGAAUCCCGAUAAACCGCAGGAAGAAGUUCGUUUCUUGGCAUUGCAGGCAAAGAAGAAUCUGUAUGUGCCAAUCCCUCAACUGCGCGAGGGAUUCAUAACCCAUGUCGAGCCGCCGGCAGAGAACGUGAACUUCAAUUUGAGAGUUGCAUCGACUCGGCGUGGGGCAGAUCAGUGGGGAAAGCCUAUUGGAUUGGACUCCAACAUCAAAAUUGAUCUGGUUGUCUUGGGCUCUGUCGCAGUUUCUAAAGAAGGUUACAGGAUUGGCAAAGGAAAAGGGUAUGCCGAUUUGGAGUUUGCAUUGAUGAUGAAAAUGGGCGCUGUGACACAAGAUACGAUUGUGGCAACCACAGUACACGACUGUCAGGUUAUGGACCUGCCACCGGAGCUGUUCAAGGAACACGACGUCCCCGUCGACUUCAUAGUGACGCCGACGCAAGUGAUCGAGGUGACUCCUCGGCUGCCGAAGCCCAGGGGUGUGAUCUGGAGCCUGCUGUCGGGCCGGCGCCUGGCGGAGAUGCCUGUGCUGCAAGCUCUGAGGGAACAGGAGUUGGCAGAGGGUGUGGACUGCACCCUGAAAGAGGACUCGGACGUGGAAGAGCACCCCAGGAAGCCGAGGAACUCGAAGCCCCGCGUGAAGAAGCCGCGCAUGCGGACGAGGAAGGCGUCCGGCCGUGAGGAAGGGGACGAGGCGGCCGGUGAACCGGCCGCUGAACCGGCCGAGGGAACGGAGCUGAAGAACGGCAGGCCGAGCAGGACUUUCCGUCGCCGGCGCAACACGGCGAGGGCCCGGGAGGAGGGGAACGGAGACUGCAAGCCGGAGGACGACGGCGCGCCGGAGGACGGGGGCAAGCGCCCGGGAGGAGGCAGGAGGGCGUUCCGCAGCCGGCCCUUCCGCGGCCCGCCCAAGUCGCUGGUGGACUUCAGCCUGCGGGUGACCAACAUCUCGUCCACGGUGAGGGUGCGGGACCUGAAGUCGGCCCUCUCCGACUGCGGCGUGAAGCCGGUGGCCAUCACCUGGCGUGGCCGGAGUGGCUUUGCCGUCCUCCACUUCGCCAAGGUCUCCAACGGGGACACGGGCACCCUGCUUGUCCUCGACGAUCUUGUGUCGCAGCUGAAAGAACUGAAGAUUGCCUGCGGGGCAGAGGGCGACGAGAGCGGCUCGCUCAAGAUAGAGCCGCUCGCUCCCAUAACCAGAAUUGAAGUAACCGACAUAAGCUCCGUCUAGUUCUGCAGGCGUUUGUCUGCUGACCGCAUCUGAUGGCCUAGAUUUCAAUGUAAUAUUAUUUGUUAAUCAGUGAAUUUAUUUGUUGCAUUCCUGUUUAACUCAAUUUUUUUUUGCAACAAAUUACCUUAUUUGAUCUCUAUUUCAAUUGCAUAUUUAACUCUUACUAACAUAUAGCUCUGUUUAUGUGUUUUUAAAGCAGUACUGUAAGAAAUGUGUCUUGUUUUGUAAGUGCCACAAAAUUUUGAUUACAAGCUUUUUAUUUUUAGUGCAUCUGAAAUAGUUGUUAUUGAUAUUGUUACCUGUAAGAUUGAUUGAGUUUCUAUGGUCAUUGAAUCAUGCAUUGCUUGGCAUCUCAUAUAAUGUGUGUACUUUGUGCACACAUAAUUUUUGAAAAAAAUUUGUUUGUACCCAGUCAAUACUUCUGUAUUUUAACAGAAUUUUGUAACAGUAAAUAUUUUACUAAUAACUAUGUAAUGGGGUUUUGUAAAAAGAUAAUUUAUCUAGAUAUGAAGGAACCGUGAAGAUAUUUAUCUAAAAAUGAAGAAAAUGUUUAUAUUGUUGACGAAAUUUCUGUAAAUAAUAUAGGUAAAAUGUUCAUAGCUGUAAAAUUGGACAUUUGUUUCACAUUGAAUUUGUCAUAAUACAACAUUUUCAGUA